AUGGAAAAAUCGAGAUUUUUGAUCCACCGCGAAAACCCGCAGACGAACGAAGGUAUCCCCCCGGCAAAACUGUUGUUGCUGAAGUCGAGCGAUUCCAAAUUUACCGCCUUCUCGAAAAACCACGGCUCAACUUUGCCGGAAAAAGUGGCGGGAAGUUCGCCAAAUGCAGUUAUCACGCCGUUUAAACGGUUACAGCUCAGGUCGAUGACUUGCAGUUGGUUUAGGAGGUGGAAGAAUUGGGCCGGAAGUGGGCCCGAAAGCCCGUUAUUGGAUAGGCUGAGCUGGGUGAGGCCCGUGAGGUUGGUAAUUGAAGGGGAUAUUUUACCUGAAAGGCCUCUCGAGGGAAGCCAUAGGCCGGUUACUCUGCCGGAGUCGUUGCAGACGAUCCCAUCCCAUUCACAGCAGUCGAGCGGUGGGGCCCACGGGAGAGGAGUUGAAGAAGAAGAAGAAGAAGACGAGAGGCUCAGGUUGAACUGGACCAGCGAGCCGCGAUCCAGGGAAUUACACGCGCCGUGGCAG